GUUGUUGGAAGGAUAGUCUACUGACACUGAGCAAAGACUGCAGACUGCAGUCAGCACUCAGCAGCCUCACACCAACCAGAAAGGUUGGAUGAAGCAUAUUUACUAUCUCAUAAGUGUGUAACCACGCGUCUUGUACGAUGACGGCUAAAAGUAAAGAUGUUGCAUUUAUCAAGGAAUGGAUGGCUAAGGAGCCUUAUCUUCCCAAAGACCUAGAUGACAGCAUGAUAGAGAAAUUCUUGCACAGCUGCUACGGGAGUCUGGAGAAAACCAAAAAGUGCAUUGAUAGAUUUUGUUCCACUCGAAGUCAGAUGCCUGAAUUAUACUCUGGGAGGGAUCCGUUUUCAAAGGAAGUAGAGAACAUUUUCAGUGUGACGCGAGUGUGCGCAUACAAAGCCGGUGAGAAUGAAAUAUUGAUCCAUCACUACGAUGACCCAGACCUGGAGCAGUUCUCCUUCUACGAUAUCCUGAAAACCCUCACCAUACAGGCGGACUAUUGGAUCAGAUUUCACAACGUAUUCCCAGAAGGCCACAUCGUCAUACUGGACAUGUCAUCGUUUUCUUUAAAAAUGAUUCCAAAAGCCAACAUUAUGUUCUUCAGAGAUUUUGUACUAUUUCUUUUGGAAGGUAUGCCCGUACGAGUAAAGAAAGUAUAUGGUGUGAAUGCUCCAUCAUAUUAUGAUAAACUAUAUUCGCUAAUUAAACCAGCACUACCUUCAGAAAUUUGUGAUAUAAUUCACUUUUUCCAUGACUAUGAGAGUCUACACAAGCAUAUCGACAAGAAAUAUUUGCCAGUCGAGUACGGAGGUGACGCUCCCAGCACGAUGUCAGAAAAUGCAGACUGGAUUAAGAAAAUUAGGGAAAAGAGAAAAUUGUUCCUAAAUGACAACCUGUGGAAAGCUGAUCUCAAAAUAAAACCAAAAACUGAUGGGAACGCUAUGAAUGGAUCCUUCAGGGCACUCUCUAUAGAUUAAUUUUAUUAUACUUAUAUUUUUGUUUAGGUAAUAAGUACAUUUAUUUAACUGAACUGGUCAAUUUAUAGUAAUUUUAUUAUUAUAAUACUAAUAAAUGCACAUUGUUUUACAUUGCAGACGGACAUCGGAAUAUUAAAUAAGUGCAAGAGAACUUUUGUUUCAUAAACACAUUUUUAUUAGUUUUAUCAUAACAAAAUGGCACUAACAAUGUGUAUUUAUGACAAAUACCCAUGUAAUAUCGUAUUAAAUAUUAUUUAAGAAAA